AAUGAUUUUGAAUUAAGAUGUUUAAGGACCAUGCUUGGUUAUAUUAUCUCAAAAAUUUGUAUUUAUGUGGCAAAUUAAAAAAUUGCAACCUAAAUCGAAAUGACAUUAACUCUAGCAAUAUUCAAAAUAAAAUAAUUAAAGCUCAGCCAUUAAAAUUAACUCUCUCAUAUCUUGUAAUGAAUGAAAAAAAUGAAAAUAUAAAGAAACCUCCAUCUAAUUCAAAUAUCAAUAUGGAAUCUUCAAGCAAUUCCUCCUCAGCUUCUCAGACACCCUUCCACUCUGCUCAGUCUUCCCCUUCUCUUCCUUCUCCCAUCACGAAUAAUCCUUAUUUUUCCGUCGCGGAUAUCUCCUCGAAAGAUACUGAGAAAAUAGAUUCGCCAAAUAUGUAUGAAUCCUCUUCUCUCAGCACCAGUACAAAUCUUGUUGAUCACGAUGUUAAGGGUAAUAAUGAUUCGGGAGAUAGAAAUUCCUCAAACGUUGUCGCAAACAACUCUGCCGAUAAUAUACCCGCACUGGAUUCAAAUAAAGAUCGAUCUCUAAUACAAGAUCAAACAGUGAGUUCUAACACUAUUGCUACCCCCACACUACCCCGUCCUCCUAAGCGCUCAUUGGCCCGUUUCGAGACUAUCGUACCGGAAACUGCCAGCGAGUCGGAUCAAACAUCCUCUCCUGUUUCACCCGAGCUACGCAAAUACUUUAUUAAAAAAACUUUCCACCCCAAAGCGCACAUCCCCACUAACGAUUCUAGUCAAUUAGACUAUUUUCCCACCACGAACAUCAUCCAAUCUAGUCCCGACUCUACAUCACAACCAACCAAAGACUCGGACACCAUGUCGGUCUCUCCCCAAAACAAUGAAAUGAACAAAAACUACUUCGAAGCCGAUUUUGAUGACCAGGAGCCGAACGGGCCGGAAUUCGAAAUAAGACGUACCUUGAGUCUUAAAUCUAAUCUGCAGGUGAAGCCAAAGAGCGGAAAAAAGGUUGUCAGAUUCGCCGACUCGUUAGGUCUGGAUUUGGAAGUCGUUCGCAUGUACCCAGAUAUGGACCAGCCACCUCCUAUGGAUUCUUUAACUCAUGACGCUAUAAAGGCCCUAGAAACGUCCCCGAAAACUAUCGAAUCUAUCCUAUCUCCAACUCCUCCUUCAACUCCCCCCAGUAUUAAACAAGUUAAUUCACCUUCUCUUCAACCAACACUGCCAAUUUCUCUAGAUAAUGUUCAAUCUACCCCGACCACUUUACACCAAGCCAAAAUUCCAGCUAACACUGGUCUCAAACACCACAGGAGUAAUAAGCAUCACUCCAAACUCGAUUCCAACAUGAGCCUAUUGUAUUCCACUGCUUUGCCCUUUUUCCCCUUUGGAGAUUACAUUUACCAAGGUAUGCAUAGCCCGAUCAACCCGGGCCAAACGAAUACGUAUCCUACCGUCGGUAGCAAUUUGUAUCAUUCCAAAAAUUUAUUCUUUUCUCCUUAUGAUCACUUGGCCUUUCCCACUCGGCACAUCUCUUCACCCUUUAAAAUAGGGAACGCCAUGUCCGGCAAAUAUUUGUCACCCACAUUUCCGCAACCUGGAAAGGCUUUCAACUUUCUCAAGCGCGUUAAAGAUCAAAAGGUAUGCCUUGAGGAAGUUAUGGGCGAAUCGGAAAAAUGCGCAAUUUCUGGACUCAUCCGAGUAGAAAAUUUAUCGUUUCACAAAACAGUAUACGUGAGGUACACUGUCGACGAUUGGAUUACCCGUUUCGAUCACCUUUGCAAUUACGUUCCUAACUCUACCUCGGUUUCCCCACUGUAUUCCAAAGCCUCUAAGGAUAUCAUCGGCAUGCAAAAUCUCGAAUUAAACUAUGACGAAACGAUAUGCACCGAUAAAUUCUCCUUUACCAUAGUAGUUCCCUUUUCCAUGACUCCAGGUUCGAACCUAUACCUAUCCGUGCUUUACAGAACGAAAGGGAAAGAUUACUGGGAUAAUAAUUCCGGUCAUAAUUACCAGCUGAAAUGCUAUUCUUCUCCCACCGCGACUAGCACAUCCAACGAUCUUCAAAAUAUGCCCGAUGAAAAUAGACUUAAUCAAGACAAUGAUGCAUAUUUAAAUGAUAUGUGCUGAUCCUUUCCGACAGUGUCUGUGCUAUAUGAUUGAAUUUUUUCGGAAAAAUUGAGGCCUAUGAAGUCUUAAUCAGUGUAAUAUAAAGUGUCGUUUACUCCCAUCUUUUAAUAAAUGGCUGUUUUUGUGUAUAUAUAAUAUAUAUUUCGUAUUCGGAUUUGGAUUUCACUGUUUGAAAUGAGGCUCAUAAAACCUUAAUUAUUGUAAUAGUCGUGUAGUCCCACCUUUAAAUAUAUGGCUGCUUUUGUAUAUAUAAUAUAUAAUAUAUAUGUUGUAUUGGGAUUUAGAAUCCACGAGGGUUUGGAAUAUUUAAUUUUUAAAUCACAUACUGAGGACGAUUUUUAAAUUAAAAAUAUCUGAUUUGACCGGAAACGUAUUUUAGUAUAUGUACAGUUCACAAUAAUUUCAGACAUUUUUUUGCCACAUUGAACUACUUUCAAAUUUAUAUUUUUUAUAUAUAUAAUUUUUUUUAAAAUACACUCGUCUUCCCUAAAUGAUUUAAAAUAGAAAGAUUCUGAUUCUCCACUAAUUCCGCAUCCCAAAUACAACACAUAUAUAUAUACAUUAUAAUUUAUUUAAAACUACAUAGCUCCAACUCCGCUAUUUUUUUAAAUAGUCCAUUUUUAAAUUAAACAAAAAUAAUUAAUAGAGUGCUGAAAUUUAUAUCAAUGCAAAAUUAGAUGAAUUUGGUUUUUUAUAUUCAAAAAUAUUUUUUUUUAUUUGUUUCCAAAUUUCUUACCCUAGCAUAAUAUGAUUUUAAAUACAUGUGCUAUUACUAUAGGCCAGUAUUUUUUCUAAUAAACACUUCUACUUUUAUAACCCUUUCCUCUUCCAACCAUCCCCAUUCAUCUCAACCUAUAACAAAAAAUUGUUUGGCAAUAUGAAUUAUACAUUUAUACAUACAUAUUAUUUAUUCAAUAUAUUUAAUAUUCACAAAAUUUUCUCAUAAUCAUUUAUGAAGAAUGUUUGUCGGUCAACGGCAGAAACCUUUAUAUAUUUUGAUAAUUUUUUUUCAUGCCUAGAAAAACAGUACACGGGUCUCGUUAAGGCAUAAUCAUAUAUAUAUUUUAGGAAAUGAAUUGAAUCUCUUAUAUAAAAUAGUAAAAUUAUAUUUAUUUUUCUAAAUUCGCUUAAUAUAUUUUUUUUAAUAAAAAAUAUUGUUAAUUUAUAAGCCGUUCUUUCGGGAACUCGAUGAUACAAUCAUGAAAAAGAAAACAAAAUUUAUAUUAUAUUAAAAAUUAAACUAUUUAUUUUAAUCCAAAAUUUUAUUCGUAAGCCCUUUAUAACUUUUCUGACCUCCUCUUUGUGAAAUAAUUAUAGUAAUCAUCAUCAUUGUGAUAAUAUAUUUUAUUUUCCUUUAUGUGGCGCUCUACUUUUUGUUGCAGAUAAACGAUAU